AUGAGGUUCGUCCAGGUUUCGUCAGCCAUCGUCUCCCUUUUUGCGUCCGUUCUAGCUCUACCACAGGCAUCGCCAAGCAGCAAUGGUGCCCCAACCGUGACCAUCGAGAGCGGCGUCGUACAAGGAGUGUCGACCACCAUCCCGGGCGCUCCGCGGAACAUAACCAAAUAUCUAGGUGUACCUUUCGCGGCCAAGCCACUGCGAUUUGCUCCUCCAGCUGCUCCCCAGGCGUGGAAGACGCCGUUCAAGGCCACCAAGUAUGGGCCAGCUUGUAUCCAGGAAUUCGCCUACCCGGCACACGACAUUACGAUUUCAUGGUUCAACACUCCUCCUCCGCCGGCGGGUGAGAGUGAGGACUGCUUGAACGUCAACAUCUAUGCGCCGGCCACCGGGAAGAACAAGACGGUGAUGGUUUGGUUUUACGGUGGCUCUCUAGCAUUCGGGGCCAACUCCCUGGCAGCGUACGAUGGCUCUUACUUUGCCGCGUUCCAGGACGUUGUCAUCGUGACCGUGAACUACCGCACCAACGUCUUUGGCUUCCCUGGGUCUCCUGAACUGCCUGCUCGAGGCAACAAUCUAGGCUUCCUCGACCAACGAUUCGCCCUCGCCUGGGUCCAGCGCAACAUCGCAGCCUUCGGUGGGGAUCCGGCCAAAGUGACCAUCUUCGGCGAAUCCGCUGGUGGACUCUCGGUCGAUGCUCUGGUAACUUCCUUCGCAACCAAACCGCCUUUCCGUGCCGCGAUCGAAGAAUCCGGUCAAGGGACCUACCGUGCUCUGGUUGCGGAUCCGCACAGAUCAUGGAACACCCUCGCCGCCGCGGUCGGCUGUAACACGACGGCCUCGGCGCUGAAAUGCAUGCGAGGCCUGCCUGCAACGACGCUCAAGAACGCGAGCGAACACCUCGGCCUUGCAUUCACCGCCAUGGUCGACAACUACACCUUCGUCGCCAACCGUAGUGAGGCACGUGCUUCCGGCAAGAUCGCCAAAGUCCCCGUCCUGGCAGGGACAAACGCCGACGAAGGCACCGUCUUCACCUACGGCGAUACCAACCUGACCGAGUACCUCACCGCUGCUCUCCCCACCGCCCCGGAAAGCUACCUCAGUCAGAUAACGAACGCCUACCCGAUCGGAAGUCCCGGCAUUGCCAACGUUUCGCAGCAAAUCGCCAAGAUUUACACCGAAUUUUCCUUUCAGUGCACACAGGCCCGGCAGUUGAGGGAUACCAAGCGCGCGGGCAUCCCGACGUGGAGAUACUUCUACAACGCCACGAUCCCACAACUCGAGCUCUUCCCCGGCGCGGGCGUCUACCACUCGGCGGAGAUCCAGCUCGUCUUCGGCACCUACCGAAACAACGCCCAGCAGACGCCCUUUGAGCAGAAACUGAGCGCCUACAUGAUGGGUGCGUGGGCGCGGUUCGCGAAGAACCCCACCCAAGGACCCGGUUGGCCUCAAUUGCCUGUGGUGGCGGAUCUGGGUGGAAAUGGCGUGACCAACACGUCGAUUCAGAGCAGUGCGAUUGAUGCGAGGUGCGCGUUGUUUGACCCGGUGUAUGAUUUACGACAGUGA